CUUUCUUUUUCAAAUAUUCUAAAGACUUCAUCAUUAAACCCUUUCUAAAAAAUAUUUAAAUUCACUGGAUUAAUCACUGAAAAAGAACAUCAAUUUAUUCUUAAGAAAUUUAUCUUUUUUAUCUCAAAAUGGAAUCUCAAGAUCAAGAAAUUUAUCAAAAUUACGGAUUUAGCGUAAAUAUUGAAACAAAAACAACAAUCAAAAUCAACUGGUGUCCAAUUCCCGUCGAAAAUGAUUUUCCUCUCCAACAACAACAAUAUCAACAAGAUUCUUAUCAUCCUCAGCAACAAGAUUCUCAUCGUCCUCAACAACAAGAUUUUCAUCAACAUCAUCAACAAGAUUUUCAUCAACAUCAACAUCAACAACAACAAGCUUAUUCUCAACAACAACAAGAUCUUUCUCAACAACAACAAGAUUUUCAACACCAAAUUGUUAUCGACAAAAAAAGGACAGUGAAGAUAGUGAUGAUGAAGUUUUUUUCAAUUACAAAUUUGAUGAAUUUGAUCAAAAAGGCCAAUUUGAAGAAAUGGAUUAUUCCCAAGAAGUGA